AUGGCUCAGAAUGAAAUUAAGAUGGGCCGGGAAAAACUCUCCUGUUCAAUCUGUUUGGAUCUACUGAAGGAUCCAGUGACUACUCCCUGUGGACACAACUACUGUAUGAACUGUAUUAAAAGCUACUGGGAUGGAGACGAUCAGAAGAAAAUCUGCUGCUGUCCUCAGUGCAGAAAGACCUUCAGACCGAGGCCUGUCCUGGUGAAAAACACCAUGUUAGCAGAUUUAGUGGAGGAGCUGAAGAAGACAGACCUCCAAGUUGCUCUGGCUGAUCACCGCUAUGCCAGACCUGAUGACGUGGCCUGUGAUGUCUGCACUGGGAGAAAACUGAAAGCUCUCAAGUCCUGUCUGGUGUGUCAAGUCUCUUACUGUGAGCAACACCUCCAGCCUCACUAUGAGUCUCCUGCCUUUGAAAAACACAAGCUGGUCGACCCCUCCAAGAAGCUUCAGGAGAACAUCUGCUCUCAUCAUGGUGAGGUGAUAAAGAUUUUCUGCCGCACUGAUCAGCACUGUAUCUGUUAUCUCUGCUCCAUGGAUGAACAUAAAGACCAUGACACUGUCUUAGCUUCAGAGGAAAGGAAUGAGAAGCGGAAAGAUGUAAAGAUUACUCAGCAAAAAUUCCAGCAGAGAAUCCAGGACAGAGAAAAUGAUGUGAAGAUACUUCAGCAGGAGGUGGAGACCAUCAAUCGUUCUGCUGAUCAAGCAGUGAGGGACAGCGAGAAGAUCUUCAAUGAGUUGAUCCGUCUCAUUGAGAAAAGAAGCUCAGAUAUGAAACAACAGAUCAGAUCAAGGCAGAAAAUUAAAGUGAGUCAAGCCAAAGAGCUUCAGAGGAAACUGCAGCAGGAGAUCACUGAUCUGAGGAGGAAAGAUGCUGAACUGAAACAGCUUUCACACACAGAUGAUCACAUCCAUUUUUUACACAAUUACCCCUCACUGUCACAUCUCAGUGAAUCCAUAAACCCACCCAGCAUCGAACUCUGUCCACUGCGGUACUUUGACGGUGUGACUGUGGCUGUGUCGCAAGUCAGAGAUAAACUACAGGACAUUUUUACUGAGGAAUGGACUAAGAUCUUACUGACAGAGAUAUCAACGGAUGUUUUACUUCCACAAGCAGAGCCCAAGACCAGAGAGGAGUUCUUACAAUACACUUGUCAAAUCGAACUGGAUCCAAACACAGUACAUGUACAGCUGUUAUUGUCUGAGGGGAACAAAAAAACAACAGUGAUGACAGAGAAACAGUUAUAUCCUUAUCACAUUAACAGAUUCACCCAACAGCAGCAGGUCCUGGGUAGAGACAGUCUGAUGGGACGUUGUUAUUGGGAGGUGGAGAAGGGAGAAUUCGAAACUAGAGUAGCAGUCACAUACAAGGAUAUUAGCAGAACAGGAGGUGAAAGUAGAUUUGGAGAAAAUGAUAGGUCUUGGGCAUUACAGUGUUCAGAGGAGAGUUAUGAAUUCAUUCAUAAUAAAGUCAGAACUUAUAUCUCAGGCCCUCAGUCCUCCAGAGUCGGAGUGUACCUGGAUCAUAGAGCAGGUAUUCUGUCCUUCUACAGCGUCUCUGACACCAUGACUCUCCUCCACAGAGUCCAGACCACAUUCACUCAGCCGCUCUAUGUUGGAUUCAGGAUUUAUGGCUUUAAUCACUCUGUUGAAAUGUGUGAGCUCAAAUAG